CCUACGAUUCCAAAUUACGUGCGCGGGCAUUGUUAAAGCUAAAAGCUAAGAUUGCUAACGCUGAAAGAGCAGCGUGUCCAACCAAACUCGUAACAAUAAACCUUUAACAUAAGGCGUCGUUGCACUCCUACGAAGUUUUCAGGAUUGGAUCCAUUUGCUUUUUCUUGAAAUCAACAGUUAUUCUUCACAUGGCUGCAUCCCAUAUUUAGAUGUUUAUUCUGGUCUAAAUUAAGGAAUUGGCACUGGAAGGACUAAGUUCUGGUUCUAGGAAUAGGAUAAGGAGGACUUCCACCGCUGUUUGUGAAAACAAGAAGUGAUCUUACAUUCUGCAGGUGCCCCUGUUCUGUGUCAGCAGUGCCCUCCGCUCAAACAACAUGUCUGAUGGACGCAUCUAUGUGGGGAAUCUUCCUACGGCUGUCACAGAGAGAGACAUAGAGGAUCUUUUCUUCAAAUAUGGAAAAAUUCGUGAAGUUGAAUUGAAGAAUAAUAGAGGCACCGUUCCAUUUGCCUUCAUUCGAUUUGAAGACCCGCGGUGAGUUUUGUGGAUGGUGUUUGGCCAGUCGAAUCACUUUCCUCUUUGUGGAGACCUUAACCUCUGUGAUACAGUGUCACACCUGGUGACGGCCAGCCGGAGUGGAUGGAGACUGGAAAUCCAACCAAUGUUCGCUAGGUGUGCUUUGGUAAGGGGUAUUUUGCUCUCUUCUCUUAGGGAUGCAGAUGAUGCUGUCUAUGGAAGGAAUGGAUAUGAAUAUGGAAACUCCAAGCUGCGUGUGGAAUAUCCCCGAGUUUCUGGUGGUAAACCUGGUUCAAUGGGAGGUGCUGGAGGAGGAGGACAAAGGGGAAGGUUUGGACCCCCAACUCGGAGAUCUGAAUUCCGAGUCACAGUGACUGGGUUACCAGCAAGUGGAAGUUGGCAAGAUCUGAAGGAUCAUAUGCGAGAGGCGGGAGAUGUUUGUUUUGCAGAUGUUCAGCGAGACGGGGACGGCGUGGUGGAAUUUCUCCGGAGGGAGGACAUGGAGUAUGCGCUGCGCAGACUGGAUCGGACGGAGUUUCGUUCACAUCAGGGCGAAACCUCUUUCAUCCGCGUCUAUGAGGAUAGAGGAAGUUCCAGUUGGGCUCCGGCCCGCUCUCGUUCCAGAUCCAGAGGUCGCUACUCUCCUCCCUACUUCAACAGAGGAUCUCCUCCUCCUCUUCCUCGCUACCAUUCUCCUCCUCGUAUGUUACGGCAUAGCCCACCUCCAAGGAGACUCCCUCCACAGCACCAUAGCCCGCCCCCUCGCCACUAUCGAUAAGAGGGCCCAGUGUUGGUUUGGUGGAAAUAUUUUGCAGUUCUACAUUUUUAUUAUUUUUCCCCCAAACUCAGGCCUCUUUGUAGAAACAAUAUUGUUGAUGGGUACAUUCCACCAAAAUUUCCCGUCCUCCCCACAAUUAUCUUUCUUUUAAAGACAUUUAAGUUUUAGGUAAUGAAAACAGGAUUUGGGUCUGGUUUUCUUUGGUUAUUUUUUGUUCCCUGUCUUAAUACUUGGAUGUUUUAUUUGUUGGGAAACAGUUAACCGUGACCACAAAUUGGGCAGAAAUUAGUACAUGACUAAUUAAACAAAUCACACAUCUCUGCAGCUUUCAGAUUGGUCAUUGUGUAAUCCUACAUUACAUUUAAGUAUCUUUGUCCUUGUUUUCACCCAAUCAUUUGGACCCGCAAGUUAGUGUUCCAAUUCACUUUUGACUGUGAGCCUGAUGUCUUUAUGUGUAAACCUUUGAUUCCAGUGAUCCGUAGCUGAAUCAUUUGUGUGUUUUUUUUAACCAAUAAAAGGAAAACUUUUA